AUGAAACCUUCAACAAAUGACACAGCCAUUGACAUUGAUCAUUCAUCUUCCAAAAGAGUAUCUUUCUCCGAAAACAAUCACACAAACGUUGAACAACAACAACAUCAACACAAUGUUCCUUUGUUGCUUCAACCAUCCUAUUCAAGAUCAAAAUCAAUCAUCUUUGAUGAACUAAGAAACUUCCGCAUAUGUCUUAAAUGGUGCGCUCUUGAUCACUCAUCUUGCGUUGGAAAACUCAUCUCUUAUGUAACCUUCAUCCUCCUCACUUUCAUUAUUCCUCUCUUCACAACACUCUUUGUUCAAGUCUCUGAUGCUUCCCCUCAAGAUGACCCUAUCUCCUUGAACAAGCUUGUUCAAAUACCGGAAUCCGCACUUGCCAUAAUCUCCUUCUUCGCUCUUUCCCGUUUCUUCCUAAGAUACGGACUUAGACAACUACUAUUCUUAGACGCAUUGCAAGAUGACAUUACAUAUGUUCGACGAGGCUACGCGCGCGAGCUACAGAAAGCAUUUAGAUACUUGGGAUACAUAAUCUUACCCUCUUUUUUUCUAGAGCUUGCUCAUAAAAUCAUCUUCUUCUCAGCAGUUAAGAUUUCGGCACCGAAUAUCAGUGCUGGAUUUCCUCUACACUCAAUUGUGUUUGUGUUGAUGUUAAUUUCUUGGUUAUAUAGAACAGGAGUAUACUUAUUUGUAUGUGUGAUUUUUAGAGUAACUUGUCAGCUUCAAAUAUUGAGAUUUGAAGGUGUUCACAAGCUUUUUGAAGGGUUUGGUUCUGAAGCAGGUGUUAUAUUUAAAGAACAUGUGAGAAUUAGAAGACAGUUAUGGAUUAUAAGUCAUAGGUAUAGGUUUUUCAUAAUUUGUUGUGUUGUUACAAUGAGUGUUAGCCAAUUAGGUGCUUUAUUGCUAGUUUUGGCUUCGAAGUCGGAGAAGACAUUCUUCAACUCCGGAGAUCUUGUGAUAUGUUCGGCGGUGCAAUUGAGUGGCUUCUUCUUGUGCAUCCUAGGAGCAGCAAAAAUCACACACAGAGCUCAAGGAAUUGUGUCAAUUGCAACAAGAUGGCACAUGUUGGUGACUAAUGCUUUUGCUGAAUCAGAACAAUGCAAAGAUCAAAUGUCUGAUGCACUAGCUAGUGACAGUAGUGAUUCUGAUUCCUCGGAUAUUCACAUAUCAAUAAUUCCACAAAGACUUUCUUCCUUCCAUACAAGACAGUCAUUAGUGAUGUAUCUACAACACAACCAUGGAGGGAUAACAUUGUAUGGAUUUUCACUAGAUAGAGGAUUGAUUCAUACUCUAUUUGCCUUUGAAUUCUCUAUAGUGCUUUGGAUUCUGAGUAAGGCGGUUGUCUUGUCAUAA